UGUCGUUAGCGGAAGAAGGCUACUAUCUUCAGGAAAUCAGUGGAAAAAGAUUUUCUUUCUGCAAUACAGUCCCGGACUGUACAGAAUCAACCAUAGACCGGGACAGCAACAGAAAAAAGUGUGGCCAAUGGAUCGUUGGAUUCCAGUACUGAAUCUGCGUCGAUAGCACGCUCGGCUGCCAGGCCGGGCCAGGCCGGAACCAGAACCAGGUCCUUACCCAAACUAACGGGCAUAAGCAACGCUGUGACACCGGUGGGUUGGUGUGUGUAUGAGGGUAGUAGCAUGUUGUCUGAAGAAAAGAGUGAACGUGUAUUACCGCGACUAGCUGUCUGGAGUUAGACGGCUGGUUCUCCAACGAGUCCAAGGCCACUUGUGGUGCUUCCGAUAAGGUGUGAAGGCUUGAUGCUCGAGUAUGGCACAGCUGGAAUUUAGCCAAACGCAAGCUAGCUUUAACGUGAGCUAACAGUGGAGUUAACGGACAUCAACUUUUACUUGCUAGCAAGGUAGACAGGGCCACAAAACAAUUAUGAAUGUGAGACCCGGGUUUAUGUGAACAAGCAGAGGUUUGUUUAUUUUUUAAAAACUUUUUCUAGUUUGCUUGUUAGCUCUUUUCAAGGCCUGAUUAAUGUUUAUGAAGGGUAUAUACUGGUGUAGCUGCGUCGUUAGCUGCUAAGCUAACCAACCUCUGCCGCUCCAAUGAAAGAAUAUAAAGUUGUCGUGCUGGGCAGCGGUGGGGUCGGAAAGUCCGCGCUCACCGUGCAGUUUGUCACCGGCACUUUCAUCGAGAAGUAUGACCCGACCAUUGAGGACUUUUAUCGUAAGGAGAUCGAGGUGGACUCGUCACCCUCAGUGCUGGAGAUCCUGGACACUGCGGGGACGGAGCAGUUCGCCUCCAUGCGAGAUCUUUAUAUUAAGAACGGCCAGGGCUUCAUCCUGGUCUACAGCCUGGUCAACCAGCAGUCUUUCCAGGACAUUAGACCAAUGCGAGACCAAAUAGUACGAGUGAAGCGCUUUGAGAAGGUGCCGUUAAUCCUGGUUGGCAACAAAGUUGAUCUGGAGUCUGAGCGUGAGGUUGCUGGGUCAGAUGGAAGGGCUCUGGCUCAAGAGUGGGGUUGCCCGUUUAUAGAAACUUCUGCCAAAAGUAAGACCAUGGUGGACGAGCUGUUUGCAGAGAUCGUCCGACAGAUGAAUUAUUCCACGCUGCCAGAGAAGCAGGAGCAGUGCUGCACGGCCUGUGUGGUACAGUGAGGAACAGAGACAUUAUUUGUUUGGAUCACCACAAAUAUUUUGAAGAACUUGGGGACAACCUGACUUUCAACCCAUCUGUCAAAAACUUACCACUUCGGUAAUGUUUCUGCUUAUGGUGGUUUCUGACUGUCGCAGAGCAUCUGACAGGAAAAGCAUCGGUCCUAUUUUUGAUAUAACUGUUGGAAGAUGCUUCUGCUGCAACCUCAACGGCCUUUGCGAUGACCCAGGAUACAGUCAGACAGACUGACUUGGAAGAGCAGCCCUCUGUGAAUUUCUCUCAUAUUAUUAUUGUUAUUACUUUUUCUCCUUUAUAGAUGGAAGUAUCCCUGAAAUACUAAGCAGGAGUGUUUUGUGAAGUUGCAGCUUUUUGUUUUAUUUGAUUUUUUUAUUAUUAUUUUUUUUUUAGAGCUGCUUUAAUCACAGUUAUAUCCUAUAUUAUUACUUGUAUUAUGGCUUAAAUUUGGUAUUUGAUUAAAGUAUUUCAUAAUAUUGAAACAUUUAGACUUUUAAGCAUGCAUACUUUAACUAGUGUGCUGACCAGCUGUACUGUUCUGAGGAAAAACUUACAGAAGUAUGUUGAAGUUUUUUUUUUUUCUUUAGGGUUUUACCACUUCAAGAGGGUGUGUAACUGGAUUAAACCAAUAAUAUUUGCAUAAAAGGAUAAUAAAUUUGUUCUGUUAACUCGGUAAUAUGAAGCAGCUGAACUUUGAAAACAUGUAUCCUCUGAAGUGAAAAUGUUUUAACACCUAAAUCAACUUGAGGCAAUGUGGAUGAGCCUUUUCGUGAUAUUUUUUUUUUUUUUUUUUUAAGCUUGAAUUUGUGUCAUAGUCUCCUAAAGGCAUGGCUCAUGUGGACGCAGGUCUUCCUUCUUAUUUUUAUUAGUUUUGUUAAGAAGUCUGUAGAUUUUGGAAUGACCAAAGUAAACUAACACUCCAUAUUUGUGUUUGAAGAAAUAAUGUGUGUUGCUUUAAAUUCAGGAGAUGCUGAUUUCUUCAAAUAACUCCUGCUGCAAUGUGGUUUGAUAAAACUUCUGGCACAAUUAAUCAGAUUUAACUUUGUAUUUUUCUUUUUAUUACAGUAACCUAUUUAUUAAAAACUAUGACAUGGGUAGCCAAUUUUUAAAGCUUUUAAUUUUGUAUUAGCUUCAGCUUUUUGUGAAUUUUCAGGAUGUUUUUUUUUUUUUUUUUUUUUAAAGCUGAGAAUUUAACAGAGCCUUAAAAUUUCAGUUGCACCCUGCUGUCACUUGUCUUAUUUUCCCUGAAAGAUAAAUGGCUAUCAUAAUUUCAGAAUAAACAUGUUGGACUGUC